AUGGUUUACUAUCAUGUAUGGAGACAGGCAAUCGAGGAAGAGAGAGUCCUACGCGGGAGGAUGUGGGGUGACGAUAUUGACUGGAUGGAUGAGGACGAUUGGGAUGAUUGGGACGAUUGGGACCGGGAAAAUGGGCACAGAUUGGGUCUGAUUGUAGGUUUGAUAAAUCCGGGUUGCAGCGACAACAUUCCUUCGGCAAGAAAAGGCAUGGUUUAUACCGUCAACCCAUUGCGAGAUUACUUUCAUUUCUUUGGAAGGAGAGGAGCACGUGUGGGUGUUGCAGAUGUGGUGACCCUUAACCCUAAGCGAGCUUUUUAG